UAUUUCAUUGCUUUCUUAUUAAAAAGCUUUUUUUCAAACAAUAUGAAGACGAUCGUGACAGAAACCAUCCAGAAACGGCAAAAGAAGUACCCACGCAUGACGAUUUCACCGGACUUUGUUCUCUCUGGAGCUAAUUAUUUAUACUCCCCAAAUAUCUCCUAGGGAUGUUUUUCCCUGUAGAUAGGCAGACGAGGAGAAAUGUAAUUAUACAUGUACUUAGGCCUGACGGACACAACAGUCUAAGGCUCACGGUUGCGCAGCAUUCGAUGGUUGCAGAUUUCGAAUUGUGUAAUUAGCAACCAGGAAUUUGGCCUGCUGAAAGAGCAACAUUUUGAUUCACUGCUCUUAAUAAACACAUCUUCAGUCGUGCGAAUCGACUGAGAUUGCAACAGAUAAAAGAAUGCGCACAGGUUUCAGAGCGCCGAGUUAGUCUUCCCGCCAAGUGCCUAUCGGGACAGCCGGUCGCGUGUCACCAUGAUUUAUUGAGAAAUUCGGCCCGUUUAUAUUUCAUCAGAAGUGCUCAAGAUUAAUGCAUUCCUCACUGUAAAUUCUGACGUCUGUCUUUUCCCACUACAGCUCUCUAUUCUACACGCAUUUUAUACCAGCUUGGACACUGCCGUGCAAUUGGUCCAUAACUCACCAGGCGGGCAGAGUUUGUGGUCAGCUCAGGCGAGCAAGGAUGACGAGAUGAGGCGGUAGCCUGUCCGCGGCUUGCAUCUUUCAUUGCCGCAUCUUCCCCCUCGGACCGAGGAGCAGGCCUCGGAUCUAGCGGCUAGCGCCGAGGAUUUAGUCAACACGAACUACAUGUGGCCCCACCACAGGAUAAGUAAGCGUCGCCGCCCAUGUUGAUGAGUUUUUGUUUUUGACAGGUCAAAGGGGAGUGUGGUAAUCUUGUCCUGUAAGUUAAGUCGGAUUGUAAACUUCGUUGUGCUGUUUGCGAACGAAUUCGAAACACGUGCGUCGCCCUUGUUAUUUAGUACAGUAGGAGGAGCAUUUAUCUGUACAGCCAAACGUGCGUGACAAUGGGGGUGUAAUUGAACACAUGCAAACCGGAUGGGUGCACUUCGAUCUCGCACACUUUGCUAUUGUACCUGCGACGGGGUACACAUACAGUGUAAAACCACCCAUUCAGAGUUCGACAUUGCACAGUGAAUCACAACUUACUUAGGACGGCGACAAGAGCUGUUAUUGACACCAGAAUUAUUUCGAGUGGAAUGUUUUGUAACGCUUGCCAGAUUUUGUGAUGCUGGAUUUUUUGGUUCAUUGUAAACUUGUGUGAAAAUGUUCCUUUUCGCCUGUUGCUCGCAAAUAAUGGAUGGGGGACAUACAUGUACUUCAAGCUAGCCAGCCAACCGUAUAGCGUAGCACAGCAUGAGGGCCAAAAUGCGCGAGGUCGUUCGGUCGACUUUCAACUUCACCAACUCCAUAACAAACUUCCUCUAAAAGACGACAUCACGAGGAGGAUUUAUUUUGUGAGAUCCUGUACAAUCCUCAUCAGAGGACGAGGCCCUAUUUUGCAUUAAUCUUGGCGACAGCUUGCUCGGGUAAACAUUUUUUUUAAUCUCAGCCAUGCCAUGACAGCGGCGGUCUGCGUUCACCACCAUGGCACACUCGUCAACAGCAGCGGCUAGAGGCAAGAAGGGGGCUGGAUUGCGCGCUGGGGCCGGGGACAGUGUUCAGCUUCAAAUCGCCAAUCGAGCCCAGACCUCUGAUAGUGAUCGCGAGAGAAGCUUAGGCAGCAGCAAGCAUAGGCAAUUUAAUCACAAGGAAUCGGGCAAUACACGCACGGGAAGUUGCCGCUCGACUGUGACUGCCGAGGAACACCGGGUGCGGGGCCAUCAUCAUCUCGGCACCAGCAGCAGUCAUGCUACUGUGAGUGUUGACCAAGAUCGCCGGUCGGCAAUCGAGUUGUACGGUGCAGCGGCAGAACCAUCAUUAGCAUUAUCCAAUAAGCAGCCCAACGUGCAACUGGAACACGGAAAGGACAAGGAACAUGCCUGGAAUAUCAUCGGUGGUAACAGCCGCCAGACCCAAGCAGCCGGCGGCGGAUCUAAAUGCAGUAAUAGGAUUUUAGCAGGGGAUUCGUCUCGGCAGCAGAACAAGGACACAUCGUACAGACAGGGUGUAUCAAGUCCGCCAACAACAACGCAGACGGGCCAGUUCGGCACCGCAACCUCGACUUCUGCUGGCCGUGAUCCGAAAGGCUAUUCGUCGUCCGAGAGCAGGACUGUUUAUCAGGGUCAAUCGCCGGCGAGUAUUCAAGAAAAGAGAGCCGUUGCGAGGAGGGUUGGUGCAUUUAUACCGCAUGAGCAAAGCCCAUCAGACAGGGGCUACAGUCAAGGUAAUGUGCACUCUAAAGUCAACACAGCACCGCCAGUAACUAGCCCCAAAUCUCCAGAUUCGGUUACCUCUUUAUCACACACUGAGUCUGGGAUCACGUCCCCUGGUCAAACCAGGCAGGUUUUCAAACCCUUGGCAGUCAAGCGAUUGACCAAGACCACUAAGAAAAAUCUUGCUUCUUUUGAUGAACUACAAAGCCCAGUAAGUUCCCCAUACUCCAGUCGUCGGUCGAGUGUUUCAAGUGUUGGCACUGUUGAUCAAAGUGAGGGAAGUGUCGCUGAGAACAGAGCCAGACUUGUCUCUGCAUUUGUUCUGAGCACUCAGAACAACACAGCAACAUCAAGAUACAGAGACUGGAGUGGAACUCACACACCAAGCCAGACUAUUCCACUGAAGGUGGAUAAUGUCCGCCGCACAAUGGCAAGAAAUCAAGAUUCCCCGACUUCUGCCUCUGAUCCAUCAUCACCGCAGCUUUCAGAGUCCGGUGGAACCAAAUUAACGCUACGCAUGGACUUCAACAGUUUGAAGAUUGGAAGUGUCGAGAACCUCAAGUCACAGUCACGAUCCGUAACUUCUAAGAAGGUGAUACCUGAUAAAAACAUAGCCAGCAUGAGUGCCCCGACGUCCCCUGUCAGAACACUGCAAAAGUUGACAAGCAAAAUGCGCGGUCGCAGGCAGGAAUACACGGACAUUCCACAUGGGGAGUUCACUCGCCCCAUGUCCCCGGCAUCAGAGCCGGGUGAAGACGAGGGCUGUGUGCGGGACUUUGAAUGGCCACCUGCCUCUCAGACCUUGCCAAGACCUAGACGCAAAAACAGGAUGGUCAUCCCUGAGCUACCCGAAGUACUCUUGGCGAGGAGUAAAGAAGUCAGUGGUGGCACUCAAGCAUCUACUUCGUCCCCCAUGGAUAAGUUUAACUUGAAAGCUCCUCUAAGACCUCUGAAUGUGAAAAAACAAAGUGAAACCACACCGGCUUCCUCCUCACCAGUCAUGGAUACGAUGGCUGAAGAAGCGACUGAUGAAUUUCUGUCCUCAAGUGUGCGUAAAAAGGAAAGGCGGAAGAAGUUUGGUGCCCUUGGGCAGUCAGUUACCGAAGGCAGUGGUGGGAACAAUGGAGAAAAUGGACGCUCUCGUAGUGAUCCCACACAGGAUCGGAAACGAGGAAGCUUUUCUGAGGAAAUUGAAAAGACUUCUGUUGACUCCCAGUUCUUUGAAGCAUUACAGAUACAAGGAGUGCAUGGACAUAUACCUACUGCCAGUAGUCUUGGAACCACUGUGGUCAGCACGGAGAGUAGCCAGUCCAUCUCGAGCACAGCCACUUCCAUCAGUGAUGCCACAGCAGAGCAACAGUAUAUGCAUGUACUACAGGAGGUUACUCACCAUCCAGAUGGAUUAAUCAACUCUUCGAACCUUGACUCGCAGGAACGAAAUGGAAAGCUAAAAUCCAAAGUGAAGUCCAGGACCUGGCCAAAUGGAGACAAGGCACCCAAUGAACUUGACCAAUACACACAGGGUAUCCAGGUUUCCACCAGUAACCCAACUGUCUCUGACAGGCAGGAGGAGAUUGAUAGAUUGCACCGAGGCGAAGAGCCUGAUGACCUGCGUGCAAAGUCAGAGAACCUCCUCACACCAGGAGGAAAGGAGCGUGUGAAUCUCCAGCUAGCACUGGAUAGCCCACACUCCCCCCAGAUGCCGAGGAAUCGAAACUGGGGCAGUCGCAGUGGCUACGAAGAGUUGCCUGAGCCACAAGAGAAUACUUCUGAGGUGCUGCAGCACCAGGGAUGCAGCUCUAAGCAGUCACUGAUUCAAGCGGAUAAGCAUGUGCGGUCGGCCAGCGAGCCAGCCACCACCUUGAGUCCAGCUGAUGAUACCGCCGUGCCUUCCUUGCGCAAACCAGUCGUGACUAUCACCAGGUCGCAGAGCAUGGGGCCCAACCAGCACCACCCUCAGGAGAGGAAGUUCCCUUUACGCAAGAAAGCCAUCAUCCCUCCUCCACAGCCGGGACACUCGCUCAGGCCCGUCAUGCAAGCCCACAUGUCCGAGUCCACCCCAAAUCUGGCAUCCGAGCCCCACGCAUCUAGAGUGACUGAUGCACUUGUGUCACCAACAAUUUCCAAAUCUAACCGGAUAUUGGCUUCGCAGAUAGGAUCAUCUACGCUUCCCCGCUCGAACAAGGACAAGUCUGUGGAGUUAUCCCCUGCCACAAGAAGAAAACGCAAGCAGCAGGAUAUCAAGCUACACAUCAUGCAGACGCUUCUGGAGACAGAGCAAAGCUACGUUUACUCCCUGGAAACUCUGGUUAAGAGUUACAUGAGACCCUUGAAGAGUCCCGAGUACGCCCACCUCUGCGCCGAUCCCGGCAUGGUGGACGCCAUGUUCUACAAGCUGCCAGAGAUCCUCAACUGCCACGAGAACUUCCUGCAGCAGCUGCAGAUGCGCAUCAACCACUGGCACGACAACCAGAAGAUUGGCGACAUCAUCAGCGCCUCGAUGGCCAAGCAGCCUGUGCUAGACACAUACACUGCAUUCACCAACAACUUCAACCGUGCCAAAGAGCUCAUCAGCAAGGCCUCAAGCAAACCGGCCUUCUUCAAGUUCCUGGAGGAUCGCACAAAAGAACACAAGGAGAGACUGAAUCUGGAUGACUUAAUCAUCCAGCCAAUCCAGAGAAUACCAAGAUAUGAACUGCUUCUCAAGGAGUUGAUUGACAACACACCAGAGGACCAUCCAGACCAGGAGAGCCUGCAGCAGGCCCUCAACACCGUCAAGACCCUGGCUACCGCCAUUGAUGAGAGCAAGAACAAGGCGGACAUCAAAGUGCGGGAUGAGCAGGCACUGCGAGACCUGGAGGCCAUGAUAGACGGCCACGUGGAGCUGGUCUCUCCACAGCGCAGGUUUAUCCGACAAUACGGGGUCACUGAAAUGGUACGCGUUGCUGUUCAAAAAGGUGCACGGAAGGAUAGAUGUGUGUUUCUCUUCUCUGACCUUAUUCUGUGCGCAACCGUCAAACGAAGAUCUGGUGGCAUCAGGCGACCAUCCAUCUCUGCUCUGUCGCCAGUCACUCUGCCCAUGGAAGCCUGCAAGUACAAGCUGGCCUGGAAGUUGGCUGUGGACGAUGUGGAGAUUGUCAAGUCGCCCGCCAGCACCCAGCAGGCCAACCAGGAGCGGGACCUGAGCAAGCUGGAGGAGGACCUGUCCAUCCUGGGCCGCAUCAGUGGGCUGACGGAGACACUCUCCUCACCCCACCAGAGUCUUGAUGAAGUUUUGAAGGAGCUCACAGAGACAGUCAGCAAGCGACUUGCCGAGAUGCAAGCACUCCCUGCACUACCCACAGCUGUCCUCAGUAAACUAGAGCUCACCGCUACAACACAUGAGGGCAUCGAGAGCUUUGUACUUCUCUUCCAGGGACAGGAGGCACGGCAAACAUUUGAGAAUGACUUUGCCGAAGCCAAGAAGAAAUUAGCUGCGCGGUCCAAGGAUCACUUCCCUCCAGUGUUCCUGUACCCUAUCCCCAUCAUGAAGACGCGGAGUGGCAUGCAGUUCUCCUGUGCAGCCCCCAGCUUGGGAACCAUGAGCAACUCACUACGAGACGUCUGGGUGUGCAAUAGUGACGGCUAUGUAGGCCAGGUGUGCCUACUUAGUCUAACCCCUGAACCCACAGUGGCCUUCUGUAUAUCAGUGUGCUCAGCACGCAUCCUGUGUAUUGCCCCUGUGCCCGGUGCACAGGACACCCAUUCCAUGCGCAGCAGGGUACACCUACGAGUUCCCAAGGUGCCUCUGGACACCGGCCAAUCCCGGCCGCUGCAGUUCCUAGGUGAGGCAACAAUAGCCAACAAUGGCCGCUGCCUCAUGCCGGCCAGCAGCCACGCUGUGAACCAGCAGGCCAGUGACAUCAUGCCGUUUGACUCAGACGAUAGUGAAGAGGAGGAGGAAAUGGUGAUGUCACCGGGGUCAGGAUUGGCCCCGGAGAUCCGACUGCAGGUGGACGAUGUGCCCAUGGAAGAAGCCAGUUCCGAAGAAGACUUGGAGAGGAUAUCAUCAGGCAAUAAUCUGGAGGAGAUAUCAGCCAGAGAGGAUCUGGAAGUACUGCAGCCCACCAUGUGGCUGGGCACAGAGGAUGGAUGCAUCCACAUUUACCAGUGCACGGACAACAUCCGCACCCGGAAGAGUCGCACCAAGGUCCGACACCCAGCUGCCGUCCAGUGCAUCCUUUACCUUGACAACAAGGUUUUUGUGUCCCUAGCGAACGGGGACCUUACUGUGUACAGGAGAGAACCAGGUCAUGCCUGGGACACAAAGAACCCUCUAACAGUCACCCUCGGUAGUAGCACCACCCCUAUCAGCAAAAUGGUAUCGGUCUGUAGCAAGCUGUGGUGUGGAUGCCAGAACAACAUCCUUGUGGUCGAUCCCAAUACGCUCAAUGUUGAGCAUCAAUUUUCAGUCAGCAAUGACACCCAGAAGACCGUCCACUGCAUCGUAAGUAGCGGCUUGGGUGUUUGGGUAACCCUGCAAGCCACAGCUGUUGUUAGGCUCUAUCACGCCAGCACCUACGAGAACUUGUGCGAUGUGGACGUGACACAGACAGUGUACAAGAUGCUGGCAGGUUCUGACGCCAUCAUAAGACAGCACAAGGCGGCUUGCCUCCGCAUCACGGCACUCCUUAUAUGCAAAGAGCUGCUCUGGGUGGGCACCAGUGCAGGUGUGGUCCUAACCCUCCCCCACCCCAAGAUUACCACCACCACCACCUCUUUGGCCCGGGACAUAUCCUUCCCAAACGGCUCCGGCCAGGGCCACACAGGACACGUACGAUUCUUGACUGCUGUCGACAUUCCAUCGGGGAAACCAGCUCCAGUUCAGAGGAAGAUCAGCGAGCAGGUGCUCGAGCGAUCCCGAGAGUUACACCCACCGGAAAUGGAACAGCAACAGCGCAGGGCUUCAUCUGCCGCCGCAAUUGUUUCCAACAUGAUGGUCAUAAGCGGAGGGGACGGAUAUGAAGAUUUCAGUGCGACGACGCCAAACGAGGCUGCUGGGAAAGAAGACAGUACCAACCACCUUCUACUCUGGCAAGUUUGAGUGGCAAAUGCAGGGUAUGAGGAUGACAGUGUAAAGAGUGACUAGAGAUUAAGGAGAUUGUUUUGUGUACUCAACCAGUGUCUGAUGAUGUCUUUGCACUACUAUCGGAUAUGCAGGCUACUAGAGACGGAAGGACGCCAACAGUAACUGGAACAAAACAUCCCUGGCCUUUCAAAUGGUGCAAUUGUUUCAUUCUUGUUUAUCACUGGACGGGGAAAAGUGACAGUACAUGGACUUUACAAAUUUGUGGUAUUCACACGCUUUCAGUGGCAUGAAUGUUUAUUUUAGAUAAGAAGUUAGGGACAUAAUACUACAUGCUAUAAAGAAAUUGUGAAAAAAGGUGGAAUCACAGGCAGAUCUGAUUUUUUCCCCCACUCAUUGGGUGUUGGACCACAGAGAUAAUAAAUUGUCUUUGAAAAUUGUAAAUAUCGCUCAUUUCACACUUGGUAUUCCCUGAUUUAUCUGUCCUGUGUACUUCAUUGUAGACCGAAAUAAUAGAACAGACUUUACUCAUUAGUCAUUGAUUUAUGCUACCAAGAAAAGCAAUUGCUUUCUUGAUCACUUUGAAUAUUGUGAGAUCAUUCUCUUGAAAGCAGUAGACUACAACAGUAUGAGUCACAUAAAGGCAGACUAAUGGGGAAAAAAUGCCCUUGUUACGGUGGCAGCUUUUUCACACUUGUGUUCCAAACCUUAUUUAGAAUUGUCCAAUUACCUAUUCUCUGUGGGUUGAAAAGUCAUUAAAUAUGCAUGCCUGAUCUGCACAUGAGCUUGGUACUACCACAGUAACGCUUCUUAUUCUUGUCUUGCAUGAAUCUUUAGACACACAGUCUCAAAUACCAAAAGAUGUAUCCAGGUCCGAUACCUGACAAGUUCUAUGUACUGUAAACAUGUCACAGAUUUAAGACUGUUAUUGUAAAGAGAGCAUAAGGAGACUCGAGGAAAAAGAAGCCGUCAGAUAACUGAUGCGUGAUACUUGAAAGACUGAGUGUAAUAUGAACUUGAUAAGCUGUGUUGAGUUGUACAUGUUGUCCUCUGAUUGUGUUAUCCUGCUUCAAUUUUACACUGACUGCAAAUAUACUGAGGAUGCUGUUGGUUUUUGUAAGCCUGAGAUUAUUGGUAGAAGUCUCCGUGCCGGUCGCGGUAAUUUUAUUUGAAUACUUAAGUUGCUUGCACUGAAAAAAAGUAUACAUUUAUUCAUUUUGUUAGCAUUUAACACUGUUAACAUAUUUUAUCCACCGUGAUUGGACACACGCAGAACAGUAUUCUUUAGUAUUAACAUUACUUGUAAAUGAAAGGUUGUUUGUGUGUCAUGAGGUGGUCAUAUUUUAUACACAGUACCCUUCUGAUAUUCAACGUUUAAGCGUAUAAAGGGAGUGGACACGAGGAGAUUUCACUGUUAAGUUGGGGCAGUUUGAAACUGUAGCAACAAAUCUGCAUUGUGUCUUGCGCCGGUGACAUUGGCAAAUGUUGAGGGGAACCUCAUAAGGUUACCUUAAAGAGAAGAAAUUAAACAAAGCUGUGUGUUACAUGAUUUAAAAUCUUAUUCUCGGCCGAAGGAAGAAAAUUUUACGGAGCCAGGUUUCAAACCAGAAUAUCAGUACAUCACAGUGUUAUCCAGCCCUAUGCUUGCAAUCAUGUCUGUUGAAAGGGAGGUUGAACUCCAUUCAGUCCAAGUUUUGGGUUCAUCAUUAAAUGGAAAAAAGUAAACUUAGCCAGUGUCUUCAGGUGGUUUCAUAUUCGAUUGGAAAUUCACACACAACUUUUUUUUAUCUUACAUGUAAGUCUCAUAAAAUUUCAAAAUUGAUUCAUAAAUGUCUUUAAAUUUUUUUGGUUUAAUGUGGUCUGGUCCUUUCGCAAGUUACACUUUUCUAGAAAUUUUUGAUUUUAGGCAUUUAAACAAAAUGUUUUGGCCGUAGAUAUGUUAUUAGCACAGUUGACACUGGACAGUCUUUUGCAAAUAUGCUUCAUAACAGAUAUCUCAGGCAACAUUAAGAGGCGUAAAAUUGUAUGUAAUUCAAUAUCCUUUUUGGCUCAAAAGAUUUGAUCUUAUCUCAUGACUGGGACCAUUAAAGCUAAGGUAAGCAGUAGUGUUUCCUUCCUAAUAUAAUAUUUUUGGCUUUGAAAAGUCAGUGCUUAAAAAAACUUCAUGGUUGUUGCAGCACUUUCUGAACUACUCAUAUUUUGCAUGUAUGUAUGCGCAUAUAUUGCUUUUUAUAAUUGUGGUAAAUUUAGUUCCUUGUAACUGCUUCUAAAGAAGUGAACAGAAAACUGCAUUGAGGGCAAGUUUGAAAUAAGAUUUUGAUGAAAGCUGUUCUGUAAUUAAUUUGUUCAUCUCCCGGAUGUAUUAACUCUUCACAGACACUUUUUUUGAACCUUCUUGUUAGCUGGACUGGCAUGGGAUAUUUUCAAUAAAAUAUCAACCCCCUUCUUUUUCCUGCAUCAAGCUUGUUUUGAAUCUCCCUCAAUGCUUAUGUGUUCCACUGCUGUAGUCUCGUUGAUCACUACUCAGUCACAAGUCAUAUCACAAGAUUAGUCACAAGCAAUACGGGAUGGAGAGUGAGUGAUGACAGAGAGAGAUGACAAGGGAAUUUCUUGUUUGGAAGACUGGGUUGACUUGCAAGGAUGUGACUGCAACUUUUGGAGUGUUCAUUGGUCAAUGUAACUUUUGUGCAUUUUUGCUGUUUAACUAUUUAUUAUUUAUAAACGACAAUGAAAAAGAUUGGCAGCUGGAUUUGUCUAGCACUCUCUGGGUAAGCCAGAAAUUGCUAUUGCGUUGAUCACCACACUAGACUAUUUUAGACACUAGCUUGAAUUUGAGCUUAGAAGAUGUAACAUUGUCAAAGCGAAUCAAGAUGGCAGCUAAAAUGAUCAAUAUCAAAAUACCUACAAUUCCUUAGUUACAGUUGUAGGGUAGGCUUGUUUUAAAUAUUCAACUAAUGAGCUUUCGGUUGGACCAGUAUUCAUGUCUCAAUGUUAUGUUUUGUUAAAGCUUAAAUAAUAUGGAUUUUAAAAAAUUGGAGAUGACAAUAUCCUUAUUUUAAGAUUACCUUUGUGUAUCUACAGACAGUGUCCAGUUUUAUAUAAGAUGUUUAUUACGUACUUUUGUGAUGGCAAUAUAUACAUUUUUAAUCAAAAUUAAAUUUGACGUUAUGUAUGACAGUUUUCUUAAUUGUACAUUUUACUCAGAUAGGCAUAUAUUUAGCAAACCUUAAGGUUAUUUUGGAGCAAAAAACGGUUUAAAACCAUGUGUUUCCCAUGCAGUUUUAAUUCAAAGCUGUUGAUGAUUUCUGCUCACUGAUUUUAUCUUGUAAAAUGUGGGGAUCUAAGAGAAUCCAAAAUUUAAUCUUAACUCUGAGAUUUUUUUCUUGAAAAAAAUGGGACCAUUCUCGAGAUGCCCCCUUUUCCCCUGUUCGUGUAGAGUUUUUGUUUGCCUUUCAUCCUUUUUUGUAAAUGACAGGACUAUAUAUAUUAUGUGUACCAUACUUGAUUCAGCAAACAAAUUUUAAACCUAGAAUAACUCAAACUCAGAUUAUCAACACAUUUAAUUACAAACCAGGUGCUGGUGUAAAAUAAUAAAGGCACUAGUAGUUGAUGUCGAGCAAGGAUUAUGUAGUUGAUGUCACUCAGAAAGAUGGGACAAGAAAGAGAUAUUUAAUGUACAUUAAACUUGUAAAAUGUA